AUGGCGAGCAAAAACGACAAAUCCCACCGACGCUCCGCCUCGUCUUCGAUUGGAGGAGCCGCCCACGUGUCCCCGCAGCAGCUCUCCAAAGCAGCAACGCUGAUGGAAAAACUCCAACAACCCGAAAACGCCGCCAACACGCGUCAGGUGGCCAAAGCGCGCCAAGUCAUGACGCUUCUGCAGCAGCAGCAGCAACAGUCGCCGACGGGUCAACACCCGGCCCGGCCGUCUACAAGCGGCGGCCGUCCGACGGCCGUCAGCCGGCCGACAAGUUCCGGCGGCCGACCGGCAGCGCAGCAGCAGCUGCUUGAGAGGCCGAGCACGCCUAGUAAGGGCGACGGCGGCGGUCGCAUUUCCGCGAGCGGCGGAAGCGGAAGCGGAAGAGGUGGAUCGGGAUCCGCGUUUUCCGCAGCCGGCAGAUCUAUGUCGUGUAGCGGCCGCGGCUCGCCACUUACGCCGCCCGGAAUGCACGGCGCAGCGGCGCCGGGAUUCGAUGAUCGGGCGGGGAUCAGCAGCGGCAGUAAGGGCGGUGGUGUCGGGGGGAGGUCGUUUCGGCGGCAAAACAGCACAGAGGCGGAGAGACCGCCACGUGGCACUCCGCCGCCUGGCGGAAGCGCGGGGCGGGCAGGGAGGGAGAGGGAGGGGCGGCGGCGAGAUCACGAAAGGGACCUGGAUGACCGUGACUUUAACGAAUUGGACUACAAGGGGCGUGACUACAGGGAUCGUGAAUCGGACGAAAGUGAGGAUUCAGAGUCUGGAGGUUAUAACGAGUAUGGUGGGAGUGGGGGCAGGGGGCAGGGGAGAAAGGAUGAGAAACGAAGGGCAGGGAAGUUUAGAAGGGGGGAAGAUGGAGAGGAGGAAGAAGAGGGGGAGGGAAGGGGAGAGGGGAGGGGGGAUAACGGCAGAGAGGAUUAUGAGGACGGGGAGGAGGAAUGGCAUGGGAAGGGAAGAGGGGGAGCGAGGAGGGGGGAGGAGAGGGUGGGAGAGGCGGAGGGUAAUGAAUCUCCCCUCGAAAGUGAGAGCGACGGUGGGGAGGAGGAGAGGCACAGAGAACGCUACCGGCGGGAUGACAGCCUAGGCUCGGCAGCGCCAGCUGGUCGUGUGCUGCGCAAGUCACUCUCAGAGCGAAGCAUUUCAACCACCAGCGACUCUGCUUUUGAUACAGACCUCGAUGCUGCUGCUGCUUAUGUUUUCCCCUCCCCUCCCGGCCCUCCCCGCUCCCCUCCCGCUCCCCCUCCCCCCACUCUCUUCCCAGCAGCGCCAGGGGGACGUGUGCUGCGCAAGUCACUCUCAGAGCGAAGCAUUUCAACCACCAGCGACUCUGCUUUUGAUACGGACCUUGAUGCUGCUGCUGCCACUGCCGCCGGUGUUCCUGGGAUGGAAACACUGAGACAGGAAAGCCUACCCCUGGACCCCAGGCGUGGAAGGGGUUUGACAGAGCCAGGAAUAGGAGGGGGGAAGGGUGACGGGCGGGCGGAUUGGGAUGAGGACGGGGGGAGGAGAAGAGGGGGAAGAGGGGCGUCUGGGGGGGGGCUUCCGCCUGUUGGGGGGGGAGCUUCCCCUGGUCUUCCCCCUGGCCUUCCCCCCCUUGCUGGGGGCGCUUCUCCUGGUCUUCCGCCCGUUUUUCCUGGUAGGAGCUCUUCUGUGGCUAGCGAGGAGUCUUAUGACGGGGAUGAGAGAGUGAGGGGGAACAGGAGGCGGUCGUUUACAGAGGAGGAGAGGGAGAGGGGUGGAGGUGGAAGGGGAGGGGAGAGAGGAGAGAGGGCGGAGAGGGGGGGAAGGCUGCCUAGGCAAGCGAGUGAGGGAGGUGCUAUGCUGAGAAGGUAUGAAGAGGAGGAGGCGGAAGAGAGGAGGCUUAGGAUGAGCAGGCAAAGCAGCUUUGAGAAACAGGAGAGGGAGGAGGGGAGGGGUGAGAGGAAGGUUCGGGGAGAGAGGGAUGAUGGAAGAGUGGAGCGUAGGGGGGAAAGGGACGAAGUGAAAGGGGCUAGAAUCCCGCGUGUGCCCCGUCAAUCGAGUGUAGAUGGCGGCGGGGGCGCGGAGAGGGAGAGGGAGGAUAGGCGGGGGGAUAGAAUUCCGCGUGUCCCUCGACAAGGGAGUGUAGAUGGUGGGCGGGGGGACAGGGAUAGGGAGGAGAGGCGGGGAGGGGAUAGGAUCCCCCGGGUUCCUAGGCAGGGUAGUGUGGAUGGUGGGGGAUGGGAGAGAGAGAGGGAGGAGAGGAGAGUUGAGAGGGUAGGUGAACGGGACGAGAGGAAGGGGAGGAUUGCGCGUCAAGCGAGUGUUGACAGCGGGAGGGAGAGGGAUUGGGAGGAGAGGAGGGAGAGGGAGAGAGAGAGGGAGUGGGAAGAGAGGAGGGAGAGAAUUCCUCGUCACUCCAGUGUUGAUGAAUGCAGGGACAGGGAUCGGGACAGGGACAGGGAGAGAGAGAGGGAGAGGGAGAGAGAGAGGGAGAGGGCAAGAGCUGACGAGGCAAGGCGAGGAGCCCCGCGUAUAGCCAGGCAAGCGAGUGUGGACGCGGGGUGGGGGAGAGAGAAGGACAGGGAGCGAGAGAGGGAGAGGGAGAGGGAGAGAGAGAGGGAGAUGGAGAGAAUGCGAGGUGGGAGGCCAGGGGGUGGGGUUCCCAGACAGGCCAGUGCCGACAGUGGGAGAGAGAGAGAGGGGGAACGAGGGGGAGAACGAGGGGGAGAACGAGGGGGAGACGGAGGGAGGGGAGAACCCAAGGGUCGGAUUGCUAGAGGAUCAAGCAUGGAUGUGGGUGCAAUGCUGGGGGGGGGGGCUGUGGAGAGGAAAUACGUGGGACAGGGGCAGGGGCAGGGGCAGUCACACUCUUCUCACUCCCCUCUGGCGCGAUCCCAAUCGCAGUCGCUGCAGCAGUAUCACCUGCAGCAGCAGCCGCACAGGGCGCCCUUACCCAGACGUGCUUCUGUUGAGAGUGACCCUCAUUCCCCUCACCGCUCCUCUGGGAGUGUCGGGAGUCCCCAUAGCCCUGGCGCAUCUGCUUCUGCUGCUGGUGGUGGUGGUGGUGGUGGUGGUGGGGGUGCUGCUGGUGCGAGCAGCGCAGGCGCAGACAAGAAAAUCUCCCGCCUCUCCUCGCUUUCCGCGGAGGACCUGAACGCGUUGGGGGCAGUGGAGGGGGACGCAGCAUGCACUGUGGAGGAAAUCCAGUCCUCCUUUUUCAAGUCCAGCAAGAAGGGCGGGCUGCUAGGGUUUGCUAAAAGGGGCCUGGCUCAGAUGAAAAGAGGGUUCUUUGGGAGUGGGGGCGGGAGCGUGCUUGGGCGGGAGUUUGGGCGGCUGGACAAGAAGUAUAUGAUGAGUGAGAAGGAGCUUGGGGCGGGGCAGUUUGGAGUGACGCGCGUGGUGCAGUGCAAGCAGACCGGGCGGCAGCUGGCUUGCAAGUCGAUCAAUAAGGGCGACCUGAAGAGCAAGGCGGAUGUGGAUGCAGUGAAGAGGGAGGUGAUGGUGCAUGAGAUGCUGGGCGGGUAUGCCAACGUGGCAAAGCUGGAAGACGUGUUUGAGGACGAGGAGGCGGUGCAUCUGGUGAUGGAGCUGUGCCAUGGGGGUGAGCUGUUCGAUCGCAUCAAGGAGAGACGGCGCCUGGACGAGAGGGACGCUCAGGGCAUCAUGCAGCAGGUGCUGUCUGUGCUAGCACACUGCCACCAGCACGGCAUCGUGCAUCGCGACAUCAAGCCCGAAAACAUUCUCCUCAAGUCACAGCAGUCCCUCUCUGACUGCCGGGUCAUCGAUUUCGGCAUCGCUGCCAUCGUGAAACCAGGCGCCAAGCCCCUGACGGAGUUCAUGGGAUCACCAUACUACGUGGCACCAGAGGUGGUGGAGGGCAGCUACUCCUUCCCUGCUGACAUCUGGAGCGCGGGGGUCGUGCUCUAUGUCAUGCUGGCGGGAGUGCCGCCGUUUUGGGCGCGCACCGAAGCCGGAGUGAUCAAAGCUAUAAAGGAAGCCAAGGCGAGCUACAGAGGGGACGCGUGGCGCGGCGUGAGCGCGGAGGCAGUGGAUCUGUUAAAGAAGAUGCUUGUGAGGGAUACUAAAAAGAGGCUCACGGCACAAGGGGCUCUUGGAGCCUCGGGCAUCUGUCCCGCCAACCUUUUCGCUGUAGUUCCGUCCUGUCCCCUCGCUACUGUCACAAUGGUGAAGUUCCUGAAGCCGAACAAGGUGGUGGUGGUGCUGCAGGGCCGCUAUGCCGGCCGCAAGGCGGUGAUCGUUAAGAACUUCGACGACGGCGUUUCCGGCCGGCAGUACGGCCACGCGCUCGUUGCCGGGAUCUCCAAGUAUCCCCGCAAGGUCACGAAGAAGCUCACGCCCAAGACCCUCGCGAAGCGCUCGCAAGUGAAGGCGUUCAUCAAGCUUGUUAACUAUAACCACCUCAUGCCCACUAGGUACCAGCUGGACGUGGACCUCAAGAGCACGGUGACGGCUGACAAGCUUGAGAGCUCGGCCAAGCGGGUGGAGACCAAGAAGCUGUGCCAUAUCCCCUCCCCUUCUUCCCCCAACUCUGAUUUCCUCCCCGUUCUGUUUUUCCAUGUUCUCUUCCCUUCUCUUUGUCCCUGCUCAUAA